UCCGAGCCAAUAAGCGCUCGCCUGCGUCAUGAAAGGGGCGGGGCUAUGUCACGGUGAGGGUCGUGUGUGAAAAGUAAGAGCAGCAGGAGCGGAGCGGGUAGUACGGUGAGCUGCUCUCCUUUCCAAAAUGACAAAGAUGGGCUUCCUGCGAUUGUCCUACGAGAAACAGGACACGCUGCUGAAGCUGCUUAUACUGUCCAUGGCUGCUGUCCUCUCAUUCUCCACCAGGCUUUUUUCCGUGUUGAGGUUUGAAAGUGUCAUCCAUGAGUUUGAUCCGUACUUCAACUACCGUACCACCCGCUUCCUGGCAGAAGAAGGAUUUUAUAAGUUUCAUAACUGGUUUGAUGACAGAGCAUGGUAUCCACUAGGGAGGAUUAUUGGUGGCACCAUUUAUCCAGGACUCAUGGUCACAUCUGCCGUCCUUUAUCACGUCCUACAUUUUUUCCACAUCACUAUUGACAUCCGUAAUGUCUGUGUGUUUUUGGCUCCGUUGUUCUCCUCCUUCACUGCCAUAGUCACCUAUCACCUCACCAAGGAGCUGAAGGAUGCAGGUGCUGGUCUCCUUGCAGCUGCAAUGAUCGCAGUGGUGCCUGGUUACAUCUCUCGUUCUGUCGCUGGCUCCUAUGAUAAUGAAGGUAUUGCCAUCUUCUGUAUGUUGUUGACCUAUUACAUGUGGAUCAAAGCUGUCAAAACGGGGUCAGUGUACUGGUCGUCCAUGUGUGCGCUGGCAUACUUCUACAUGGUGUCUUCCUGGGGCGGCUACGUGUUCCUAAUCAACCUCAUUCCCCUCCACGUCCUGGUCCUGAUGCUCACAGGCCGUUUCUCUCACCGCAUUUAUGUGGCUUACUGUACAGUCUACUGCCUGGGCACCAUCCUCUCCAUGCAGAUCCCCUUCGUUGGUUUCCAGCCGGUGCAGUCAUCAGAGCACAUGGCAGCCUUCGGCGUGUUCGGCUUGUGCCAGAUCCAUGCCUUUGUGGAUUACCUGCGCAGCAAACUCAAUGCACAACAGUUUGAGGUGCUGUUCAAGAGCGUCAUCUCUCUGGUGGGCUUCAUCCUGCUGUCUGUGGGGGCUGUUCUCAUGCUGACAGGUAAAAUCUCACCCUGGACUGGCCGUUUCUACUCCCUGCUGGACCCCUCUUAUGCCAAAAACAACAUCCCCAUCAUCGCCUCCGUCUCAGAGCACCAGCCCACAACCUGGUCGUCGUACUAUUUUGACCUCCAGUUGCUCGUCUUCAUGUUCCCAGUUGGUCUCUACUACUGUUUUAACAACCUGUCUGACGCCAGGAUCUUCAUCAUCAUGUACGGCGUUACCAGCAUGUACUUCUCAGCUGUCAUGGUGCGUCUGAUGUUGGUACUCGCCCCUGUGAUGUGCAUCCUAUCAGGCAUUGGUGUGUCCCAGGUAUUAACGACUUACAUGAAGAACUUGGAUGUCAGCCGGCAAGACAAGAAAACCAAGAAACAGCAGGAUGCUACGUACCCCAUCAAAAAUGAGGUUGCCAGUGGGAUGAUUCUGGUCAUGGCUUUCUUCCUCAUCACAUACACCUUCCACUCUACCUGGGUAACCAGCGAAGCCUACUCUUCUCCCUCCAUUGUCCUGUCGGCCCGUGGUGGCGACGGCAGCCGCAUCAUCUUUGAUGACUUCAGAGAGGCCUACUACUGGCUCCGCCACAACACUCCCGAGGAUGCUAAAGUCAUGUCGUGGUGGGAUUAUGGCUAUCAGAUAACGGCCAUGGCUAAUCGAACCAUCCUAGUGGACAACAACACAUGGAACAACACGCACAUCUCCAGAGUUGGUCAGGCUAUGGCCUCCACAGAGGAGCGGGCCUAUGAGAUCAUGAGGGAGCUGGAUGUCAGUUAUGUCCUGGUGAUCUUUGGAGGACUGACGGGCUACUCCUCCGAUGACAUUAAUAAGUUUCUGUGGAUGGUCCGCAUUGGAGGGAGCACUGAGACUGGCAAACACAUCAAGGAGCACGACUACUACACUCCCACCGGAGAGUUCAGAGUAGAUCGUGAGGGCUCCUCCGUCCUGCUCAACUGUCUUAUGUACAAGAUGUGCUACUACCGCUUUGGACAGGUCUACACAGAGGGCAAGAGGCCACCUGGUUAUGACAGAGUGAGAAAUGCUGAAAUUGGGAACAAAGACUUUGAACUGGACGUGUUGGAGGAGGCCUACACAACAGAGCACUGGCUGGUCAGGAUAUACAAGGUGAAAGAUCUUGAUAACCGAGGACUUUCCAGGACAUAAAAGCUUCAGGCGGCGCUGAAUACAUCCUUGGCACAGCACUGAAUGCCUUCCCCUGUGGUCUGCCAAUGAGUGGUGAAAAGUACUUUUUUAUACUUUGUUUGGGGAAGAAAACUGCAUCAGAGAUUGUUUUGUUUUUGUUUGUUUGUUUUUCCUUCCUCUCCCCUUCUCCUCGCUUUCCCUUUUUGGAUAAUGUUUCUUCUGGGAUAAGAGGGAGCUGGUGUAAAACCAGGAAGUAUAAUUUGCCAGAAAGUGUACAAAACAUUUGCUUUGGAUUUUUACAAUGUGGUCAAAUAAAGUGGAAUUACAUGUG